UUGGUGAAAUCUCGCCUGUGAGAAAAUAAAAUGGCGUUUUAGAAAUAUGAAAUAUGUAUUGUUCAGUGGUGUUCGUCUUGAUAGUGUUUAAAAAUUAAGAUUAUCUUUAAUGAAAAAUAAGUGAAAUCAAAUUUAAUAAAUAUAUUUACAAAAUAAAAUCGAUUGUUGCCAUCAAAACUAAAUCAUGUCAGAUGACGAUCAAUCUUCAGAAUCUGGAACUACGUUGGGGGCCGUUCAAGUAUUAACAGAAUAUAAAGAUGGCCAAUUACAAAUUGUGGAUAUGCCGCCUGCAAAAAGAAGUAAAUUAUCAGACACCAUCCUACCAGACGGAGGGGACACGAGCAGCGAUGAAGCCUUCAAAUAUGUGCAGGUGCUGGACUCGGACAAGAAUGUAGUCGUUGACUUGCUCAACUUGACGUUGGUUAAAUGUGACGAUGGACAGGAGUCGUACCGGCUGGUGACUCAGGAGGAGGCGGAGAGCGGUGGGGAGGGGGAGGAGACCGUCACCUGCGUGCUCUCCAACGAUGAUGGAGACGAGCACGAGAACAACUCGUACGUGGUGAUAGACGGCAACGAAGGGCCCGUCGUGUUCCUACAGUCGAGUCUGCCGCAGUCCAAAACACCACCCGAACCAGAAAAACCCAAAGAGCAAACAGCACUGACGCCGGUGGAAAUAUUGGAAAGAGCUAAAUCAUUACAAAAAGCAAAGGCGCUAAUGUCGCUCCACACGACGCCGACGCGCGGGCGGCGCCGCAAGACGCAGCUGCCGCCGCCGCACGAGCUGCUCGCGUCGCCGCACUUCCGCCUGUACCUGUACUCGUGCAAGCUGUGCAGCUUCAAGUGCAACGCCAUCAAGGAGCUCACCGCGCACAAGGCGGCCGAGCACGCGGGCGGCGCGGGCAAGUGGCGCGCGGGCUGCCGCGCCUCCACCAUCAUGCUGCAGUGCGCGCGCUGCCCCUUUCGCGGGAACACGCACUCGCAGCUAAUGAAACACGUGAAAGACAAACAUUUAGAAGUGACCACAGUGAGCACAAGUAAAGGACUGCUGGAGAGCCCGGAGGUGAGCGAGGCGGACGUGCUGGUGUGCGGCGCGUGCGGGUUCGAGUCCUCGCUGAGGCACGAGUUCAAGCUGCACAUCGAGGAGGAGCACGGAGUUAGUGCGUGCUAGCGGGCGCACGGCCUAUAUACUGACUGACUCACUC